UGAUAGAAUUGAAAAGCCCAGACUGUCCACUCAGGAGAAAAGCACUUAAUACAGUAGCUUGUAUGAGAUACGGACCAAAAACUGAUGCCCACUAGCGAAGGACAAAAAGGAAUUGUCUCAGGAGGAUAUGAACGAUUAGGCAUUAAUUCUCAUCAUAACUGGCAUUGGCCCAUUUAAUUGCGGUUGCCCUCUUCAAUGCGUUGGGGCACAUUCAUUACAUUGAUUCUGUUGCAAAACGUUUCUUAAACAGAACAAAAGGGGGCGGGAUCUACCUCCAAUAUAUCCAAUAGAAACUCCCGUUUUAGUUGCAAAACCGAACGUUUUGAAACUGUUUGGACUAACGAUUACACCCUUGGACUUCCAGUUCCGCUUACAGUUUUGUGCGUCGGAGAGCGAAAAUGGGAGUAGAAAUCGAGACCAUAACCCCGGGUGAUGGCCAGACAUUUCCCAAAAAAGGGCAGACAUGCGUUGUGCAUUAUGUCGGCUCACUGACUGAUGGAACCAAGUUCGACUCAUCCCGGGACAGAGGCAAGCCUUUCAAGUUCAAGAUUGGCAAGCAGGAGGUGAUCCGUGGCUGGGAGGAGGGGGUUGGCCAGAUGAGCGUGGGCCAGAGGGCGACCCUGACCUGCACGCCAGACUUCGCCUAUGGCAGCAAAGGGCACCCUGGCAUCAUCCCACCCAACUCUACACUGAUCUUUGAUGUGGAGCUGAUGGGCUUGGAGUGAAGCCUGUGUGCACUUGUUAUGUGUUUAAUUCCACUCAGAUUUUCAGGGUUGACUCCUAUCUCGGGAACAUGGAGGAAAAGGCUAAAGGAAGAUUAAUGCACUUGACUCCUGUAAAAGACUGUCUAAUAGCUUCAGCACUUCACUCUCCUUUCCAUUUAGAUUCAAAUGUGUUUUUGUCGCUUGCUUAAUACCUUAUCCUUGAUCUAGCUUGUCGUAGGACACCCUAACAAGUCAUAGGCCAUACCUUUCAGAUAUCAUGUCAUUUUAUUCUGUUAUGUAUGUUUAUGGUAUUCUUUUUUUUCUUUUUUUACUUCAAAUUUGUAAGUCAUGCCUGCCAUCAGGGGUAGGUACUGGCAAAAUUUGGGAUAAAGUAUCAUUACACACAUAUUCAA